CGUGUGUCCUGUCUGGUAGAAAGGUGAGAAAGACAAUAAUAUCUGAGCUCAGUGUCUGAAAACAACACUAACGUGAACUUUUAACGUGGACCGGCUCUAGAAAGUAACGGGGACGCAUUUGAAUGGUUAAAUAAGACACAGUGGGGUCUUUACGCACAGUUGUUUAUUCCUACGCACGUUGUUUUUGUUUGUUUUUUUUAACUUUUUUUUGUGUUGACAGAAACUUUCUAAUGUUUUCUUCGAGUAUGGAGCUUGUCACGUGUGAAGACUGUGUUUUCCAUCAAUGAAAUGGGAUUUACCGGCACCAGGGAAGAAGUGUCGUGGGACUGUACGUGUGUUUCAGCCUCUUGAACCUGCACAGGAUACUUUUUUUAUCUUUUAUUAUUUAUUAUCCAUGAUGGAGACUGUUGGCAAGUUUGAGUUCAACAGGAAAGACCUGAUUGGCCACGGUGCCUUUGCAGUUGUGUUCAAAGGCAGACAUAAAGAGAAGCGUGACUGGGUGGUUGCUGUGAAAUGUAUCAACAAGAAAAACUUAGCCAAAUCUCAGUCUCUGCUUGGUAAAGAAAUCAAAAUAUUAAAGGAACUCAAACAUGAAAACAUUGUCAGACUACUUGACUAUCAGGAAAUGGGGGGAUGUGUCUAUCUCGUCAUGGAGUACUGCAAUGGAGGCGACCUGGCAGAGUACCUUCACUACUUGCCCAUUCUGUGUCGUCGCUGCCAAGGAGGAACAUCCAGCUAUUUGCAGCACAACACUCAGUCACACUUGGCAAGCUAAGGGCACGUUAAGUGAGGACACCAUCCGAGUGUUCCUGCAGCAGAUCGGUCAGGCCAUGAAGGUGUUGCAGAUCAAAGGGAUCCUCCACCGAGAUCUCAAACCCCAGAACAUCCUGCUCUGCCACCCGGAGAGGCGCCGGUCCAGCCCCAUCAACACCUGCAUUAAGAUUGCUGACUUUGGGUUCGCACGUCAUCUCCAGAUGAACACGAUGGCAGCCACGCUGUGUGGCUCUCCCAUGUACAUGGCUCCUGAGGUCAUCAUGUCCCAGAACUACGAUGCCAAGGCUGAUCUGUGGAGCAUCGGCACUAUCGUGUACCAGUGUCUGACUGGAAAGGCGCCGUUUCACGCCAGCACACCGCAGGAGCUGCGUCUGUUUUAUGAAAGCAACAGGACCCUCCUACCCAGCAUCCCAAAGGAGACUUCACCUAACCUGAGACACCUACUGUUGGGGAUGCUGCAGAGAAACCAUAAACAACGGAUCGGCUUUGAUGAAUUUUUCCGCCAUCCUUUCAUGGAGACGUGCUCACCCACAAAGAAAUGCUCUCCAGCUCCCGUGCCCUCCUACCCCAGUUCAGGCUCGGCCAGUUCCUCCGGCAGCUCCUCCACAUCCCAUCCGGCCUCCCCUCAACAUUCCGAUGGAGAGAUGCACCGACUUCAGCCCAAAGUGCAGUACUCCCCUCCACAGGACACCCCCGGCUUCCUGCUGAAAGAAAUAGCCAACCAGGACAGUAGGAACACCUCGUCUUACACAGAGGACUAUGUCAUGGUGCCUGCCCAGUUUCCAAGUGAUUGCACAUGUGAGCUUGAGGUUGGGUCGCUUAUUGACAGUUGCCUGAUAUACAGUGGGAGCCCACUGCUGGCUGAGAGAGGUCCCAGAAAUGCAGGAAAGACUCCUCCACCCUCUCCCCUGCUACACUCUCCCUCCAAGCCUGUGAGCAAGCCUGUUGAAAUCGCCGGCCGUAUCUGCAGCCCCUCGGUGCCCAUUCCUGUCCCCACUCAGAUCCAAAACUACCAGCGUAUGGAACAGAACCUGCAACCCGUCGGCCUGCAUGGCUCCACCAGGGUCACGCUCUGCGGUGCUGGCAGCAGCUCCCCACUAUGUGGAGGCAGCAGAGCUCCAAGUCUCAACUCCCCACGGCUGGCAACCGGAGGAGCCCGACCACAGCAGCCCUCCCCGCUAGUGGGAAUGACCCCGAAGACCACAGAGCAGACUCUCCCGCUCAGCACAAGAACUGGACUGCUCGCUGACAUGCAGGACACCUCCAGUCCCAAGCAGCUUCAAUCAAGAAUGCCAAACCGAAUCAGGACCGUCCUAGACCUGCAAUCCCUUGACCCAUCUCCUGCCUACCAGACCAACUUCAACAGGAAAUCAGACGAUAAAAAGGGCCCUUUUAAAAGAUCACUGAGCACAGGCAGGCUGUCCGACAUGCUGCUGAAGGCGGCCUUUGGAGCUCACCUUUUUGAAGAGGGCAGCGACGAGAGCCUCAACUGUGAGAAAGGCAUGGAUAUAACAGCUCCACCUACUGGUUGUCAUAGAGGCUUUCAGUACUCAGACAGUCCACCUCCUGCAGUCUUCACUAUGGGUUCUCUAUCCAGAGGAAACACUCCUCCUGAUCCCGCAGUCCCAAGGAUGUUCUCAGACUCCCCCAGCUACAUUAACUCAGCCUGGCUACUGAACAGCCGCCUUAACCAGGGAGGAAGCCGCAGAAACAGCGAGACUGAAGCCAUGGAUGCUACUCCGCACAUCAGCCUGGUCUUUCACCCUCCAGAGCUCCCGGAAGAUACGCUGAUGGAGCAGGCGCACACAGAUGCUCUGAGUGACCUGCGUUUCACCUUGGCUUUCGUCCACUGUGUCAUGGAGUUGGCUUCUUCUAAGGACCCGGGGCUGGAUGCCGUCAGCAGUCCUGAUGUUUCCUUUCUAGAGCAGAGCUUGGUGACGGAUCAGAUCAGCCUUCUGAGUCGAGAAUGGAGCUAUGCAGAGCAGUUAGUGUUGUACAUGAAGGCUGAGGAGUUCCUGUCAUCAGCACUACACACUGCUAAAGAGACUAUCAAACAAGGCCGACUCCUUCCCUCUGCUACAGUCAAACAAGUGAUCAGGAAGCUGAAUGAGUUGUACAAGAGUUGCGUAACAUACUGUCGCUCCCUCAACCUUCGCCUGCAGACCUUCUUGUUUGACAAGCAGAAGCUUAUGGACCGCUUCAAUGGACUCACAGCAGAGAAGCUCAUCUACACCCACACUGUGCACAUGGUGCAGUGUGCUGCUCUAGAUGAGAUGUUCCACUAUGGCACAGCUUCAGUCCAGCGCUACCAGAAAGCCCUUUUGCUGAUGGAGGGUCUGUCCCGAAUCAUCACGGAGCAGAAGGACAGCGACAGCAUAGAUAAAUGUAAGCAGUGUAUUGAGCGACGCCUUUCUGCUCUGCAGACUUAACAAGCAGCCAUGAACUCUUCAACUGCGGCCACAGCAACUGUAUUAUCUUGCUUCAUCCAUCUGCCCUCAAUGUAAAUCCUCCCAGACUGUCAAAUACACAUGCACGCUUUGAUCUGUCUUAAGGGAAAUGACCACUGGAGCAUCUGCUCUUAUCCCAUCAGCCAGUAAUCUUUACAUAAAUGCACAGAAAAGACUGGAAGUCCUGUUUUGGUUCUUGAAGACAGGUAGUGUCAUGAUUGUUUGAAUACUUUGAUCAGGUACAUUGUUCUCAGUAUUUGUUUUGUUUUGUUACCGACUGAUGUAUAUAUCAGUGUGUUGUUUUGCACAUAGAAUAAUCAGAUUAAAUAAUUACUGAUUUUGAAUGUGUUGUACUUGAAACAAAGAUUGUUUAGCUGUUUUCUGAAUUUGAAGUGUUGGUUUCAUGUGUACUGUUAGUUCACUCGCCAACAGGAGUCAGGAUAUUUUGGAUGAGAUGACCAAAUGUAUAGCAGAAAUAGUAAAACUGUGCCUGCUUUUUUACAUUUUUCAUCACAGCAGAGUAGUGGAUGUAAAGGUAGUGAAAUUAUGUUUUGAACUCAUACAGAAUAAUUGUCUUACAGUCACAUAGACUGGUGGAUGCAAGAUUGCAUCAUAGACUGCAAUAAGUAUAUUUUGGCAUUUGAAUGAGAUUUUAGUUGAACUGAUUCAACAUUGCCCUCUGUCAAGUGUUGAUGUAAUCAUUCAUAAGGUACUAAGUGACAUUAACUGCAUGCCACAUUACUUAUGUUUAUCUGCUGUUUGUUUGCGCGUAUGUGAGCACAUUAGUUUGUUUUUUUUCCCCAGCUGUUUGGAUUUAUGGAAAAAGAUUGUUAAUUUGUACGAAUUUUUACAUGAUUUUGCAAUAGUACACUAGUUUAUUACAAUUUCAUAUUCAAUAUUUUGUGAAAAUGUGUGUUUGUUAGAAUUUAUCAAAUUGCCUUUUCUACUUUUAUUGUAUGACUGCUGGUCAAAUUUGCCAAAAUGAAUUGUUACACACUGUGUGAUAAAAAUAAAUAAUAUUUAUUAUUAAAACUAUG